CAGGUUACAGAAUGUGCUGAGUAGGGAGAGAGCAGCUAGAGUUCUUUGACCGCCAACCACACGAGACGAGAUUUCAUUCUGCUGCCUGGCCUGGGGGAUUCUGGGAGGACCACUUCUAAAAACUUAGGAGUGGCAAAGGUUUCCUCCUUCGUGUGUGAAGUUUGGAGAAUCAAUGAGCGGAAUUAUACAAAGUAACUUAAGCUAUAACCUGACAUUUUAUGACUCUCUCUCUCUCUCUUCAGAAGAUGAACUACGUAGGGCAGCUGGCAGGCUCUGUACUGGGCCGUGUACGGGACUUGUAUAAAGGAGUCAACCCAGCCACAUUGUCUGGUGCCAUUGAUGUGAUAGUGGUCCAACAGCCUGAUGGCUCUUUUCGUUCAUCACCAUUCCAUGUGCGGUUUGGGAAACUGGGCAUACUGAGAUCGUCUGAAAUGGCGGUCGAUAUAGAAAUAAACGGAGAGCCUGUAGAUCUGCAGAUGAGACUUGGGGAAAAUGGAGAAGCUUUCUUCAUUCAAGAGAUGGAAGACAAUGAGGAACAUGACUAUUCCAUCACCCCAGUUCCCCAUGCCCAGGAUUUCUUAUCUACUCAUCAUGUCAGUAACGAUAUAGCAGAGGCCCCCCCAGUUCCCGAUCCCACCCUGUCUACACUGGACACCCCCACCAGGAGGCAACGUUGGAGUACCAGAAGAAAGAAGAGCAGAGGGGAUGAGACUUUGGGAGCUCAGGAUAAAGAUGGAAUUGCUGGGCUGCCUUCUAGUGACUCCAUAUACUUCUCACUCUCCGAUCCCCUUGAAGAAAUGUCUCCUUCCCAGUCAAAGGAUUUUCACACCUACUCCGAAGAGGACAUCUUGCAGUUAUCCAAAAGCAGUAGAUCCCCUUCUCCGAAAAGUGACUCUGAGCUGGAAGUGAAAAUUCCUAACACACCUCUGCCUGAGAACUGCAUGGAAUGGAACUGGGGAAGACUUCCACAGGUCACUCGGACUGAUAUUGGCUCUCAAAUAUCACAGUCCGCACCACCCAGUCCUACAAGAGAGCUCAAUGAGAUACCUUACACUGCCCCAGCGGACCCUGGAAUUCUUGACACAACUAAAGAGGAGGAUGGCACCUUCCGCAUUGUCACUCGGACUGAUAUUGGCUCUCAAAUAUCACAGUCCGCACCACCCAGUCCUACAAGAGAGCUCAAUGAGAUACCUUACACUGCCCCAGCGGACCCUGGAAUUCUUGACACAACUAAAGAGGAGGAUGGCACCUUCCGCAUUGUUCUAUUAGAAGGAUCAGAGGAUACCACGAAGUUCCAGGUCCCUCCAGAUGCUCCUGCUGCAUCUAUUACAUUUUCACCUGAUGAUACCCUUUCUCCCGACUCUGAGGAAGUUUCCCUAUAUUUCCCCAACAGUGAACCACAUCCACCUCCCCCACCUCAUCAGCACAACUCUGAAAAUGUACCAGGUGACAACAUAGAGUCACCCAUGUCAUGUGUAGCGUUGUCACUAUGUGGAGGCCUUGCAGACUCCUGGAAAAUCCCUGAAGACAGGUUCCAGAAAUACAAGAUCUCAUACUCUGAUUUCUGCCAAAACCCUUCACUGAUAGACAACCCAAGACUGGUGCUCCAGAUACACAAUAAGUAUUACAAUUGGACAACAGCUGCCCCUAUCAUACUGUGCAUGCAAGCCUUCAACCAAGAGCUGCCCCGGGGGGUGAUCGAUCAGCUGACUCAGCAGAGGAUGCCCCCUCAAAGUCGGGGAUGGUGGUUUUCAUGGAGAAGGAGGAGUUUGCCCAACCAACCGUCAGUAUCAGAUCCUAAGGUUUAUGUGGAAGAGAAUGAAGACCCUGGCCUCAGGAGGUCAGAGGAGAAUGUGGAAGUUGCUAUAGUACCCCCAGCAAUUCCAGUACAGCUCUGUCCAUAUCAGAAAUCCCUACGUCUGACAUCUGAGCAGAUAGCAAGUCUAAACUUACACAGCGGAGCAAAUGACGUUGUGUUUAGCGUCUGCACCAAGUUUCAAGGCACAUGUCGCACUCGGGCGCAAAUCUUCCUGUGGGAUAGCACAGACCGCAUUAUUGUGAGCGACAUCGAUGGAACAGUGACCAGGUCAGAUGCCCUCGGUCACAUUUUACCGCAGCUGGGAAAAGACUGGACUCAGCCAGGGAUUGUUCAGCUCUAUAACGCCAUCCACAAGAAUGACUACAAGUUCCUCUAUUGUUCUGCACGCUCUGUGGGAUUGGCUGAUAUUACUAAGACCUUCCUCCUGGGGGUGAGUGAAGGAGGCUACAUGCUACCACCAGGUCCUCUCCUGUUGUCUCCAAGCAGCCUGUUUACAGCCCUUCAUAGGGAAGUGAUAGAAAAGACUCCAGAGCACUUUAAGAUUGCUUGUCUCUCUGACAUCCACCAACUCUUCACUGACCCCAGUCCUUUUCAUGCUGCCUUUGGAAAUCGACCCAAUGAUGUCCUAGCCUACAGGGAAGUCGGGGUGCCAGAAUCUCGGAUCUUCACCGUCAACCCAAGGGGAGAACUGACCCAGGACCUGAACUCUGGCUUUAAAUCCUCGUACUCCGCUCUGUGUGAUUUGGUGAAUGUCAUGUUCCCUUCUCCGUCAUCUCACUUCUUCUCGGCUCUGCUGUCUCCGCAGUUUAAUGACUUCUCAUAUUGGAGAGACCCAGUGAAGAGUAUUAGUGAGGAAGAGUUUGUACACAUUGCCUAAGAGUUGUAUCUCAGGAAUCAUUUUCCUGAGAUCUGCAUGGCCAGUC